AUGGAAAAUUCAAGCAACACUAGCAGUGCACAAAACUUAUUGCUUACUUUAAAUGCAAGUUAUAGCAAAGCCAUUCUUACAGAUGAAGGUAUUUUAAUUCAAUCGGAGCAUAAUAUAUGCCAUUCCAUCACGGAGCAAAGCGACUCUAAGGAAGAUACCGCCGGAAGGAGUGAAUCUUCUACCUCGUUAAUCAGUUGCAUCGCCUGUCUCGAUGAUCUAGAAAAUGAAACUUCCAUUGAGAAUUUAAUUCCGAUGAAUACUUUGAUACCAUAUGGUAGAAUUCUUAACGCAAGAUACCUUAAUGAAUCGAAAGUACCUCCUAACAAGUUCUGUGCUGAUAUAAGACAACCGUCAUCCUCAUCAAAUAUUUCAUCAAGAAGUUCUACAAAGUUAAUGGAAGAAGGACAAGAAACGAAUAAGGAACUAAGGACACCAUUUCUUUCUGAGAAUGAAAAUGGGGAACAAAUUGAAAGUUUCCAAUUGAAAAAUUUCGAUAGGAACGAGUACUCUAUUGAGCUAUCAUUUGUUAUACCCUCUGGGGACGACAUAGUAGCAAAGAAGAUAAACCUUUCCAUUAGUUAUAUACCAUCUAUGACAACAAAUAAGAGUGUGGUGGAGGAGAUCAUGCUUAGAAGUUAUAAGAAUGUUAAUCGUAACAGAUCAAUACUGGUCAUUAUUAACCCACAUGGCGGUAAGGGAAAGGCAAAACUAUUAUUCGAAAAGAAGGCAAAACCAAUCUUAAUAGCAUCUAACUGUUCACUAGAGAUUAUCCAUACUAAAUAUUCUCGCCAUGCAUUAGAUAUUGCAAAAGAUUUAGAUAUAACCAAAUAUGACGUUAUUGCUUGUGCCUCUGGUGAUGGGAUCCCAUAUGAAGUGAUCAAUGGGUUAUACCAGAGACCUGAUAGAGCUGAUGCUUUUAACAAGCUGACUAUAACACAAGUACCAUGCGGAUCAGGGAAUGCAAUGAGUAUAUCUUGCCAUUGGACAGAUAAUCCAUCUCAUGCAGCAUUAUGUCUACUAAAAUCCGUCGAAAGAAGAAUCGAUUUGAUGUGCUGUUCUCAAGUAUCGUAUAUGGAUGAUUGUCCAAGACUGUCUUUCUUGAGUCAAACAUUUGGUGUGAUAGCGGAAUCAGAUAUCAAUACAGAAUUUAUCAGAUGGAUGGGUCCAAUAAGAUUCAACCUCGGUGUUGCCUAUAAUGUAUUCCAGGGAAAGAAAUACCCUUGUGAUAUAUUUGUUCGAUAUGCUAGCAAAUCUAAGCAAGAGUUAAAGGAUCAUUAUUUGAAACAUAAGAGGAGAGCUGAAUUAGAAUCUGAACGUUCUAAUGAAAGAGUGCCAAAUUCACGUUGCAAAGAUCCCCUAGAAUAUACUGUAACGGAGGGGGAUUUUGAACUAAAAUAUCCGCUGAGAGAUGGUAUUCCAGAUGAUUGGGAAAGGCUCAAUCCUGAGAUUACAGAAAAUUUGAACAUAUUCUAUACUGGUAAGAUGCCUUAUAUCUCUGCAGACACAAACUUCUUUCCAGCUGCAUUGCCUAGUGAUGGUACGUUCGACCUAAUAAUAACAGACGUAAGGACACCUAUUACUAAGAUUACACCAAUAUUACUUUCAUUAGAUAAAGGGUCUCAUGUUUUACAUCCUGAAGUUAUCCAUUCAAAAAUUACAGCAUAUAAAAUGAUACCGAAGAUUUCUGACAGUAUAAUCUCUGUAGAUGGUGAAAGAUUUCCAGUAGAGCCACUCCAAGUUGAAAUUAUGCCAAAGUUAUGUAAAACGUUGUUAAGGAAUGGGUGUUAUGUUGAUUCAAAAUUUGACAAAAUUUGUUAA